AUGAGCCGGAGCCUCGGUCACCACCCACUCUUGCUCGCUUUUCUGUCCGUGCUGCUUCUCGUCGCCUCGGCCGUGGCCAACAGCACGUUGACGCAGCGGAGGACCAUCGGCGGCCACCAGAGGCUGGCCUCGCCCGGCGGCGCCUUCCAGCUCGGCCUCUUCUCCCUCGCCAACAACACCAAGUGGUUUCUCGGCAUAUGGUUCGCUGCCUCCCCGGACGCCGUUGUCUGGGUCGCCAACCGCGAUCGCCCGCUCGACACCUCGUCUUCCGGCGUAGUCAUGCUCAGCAGCCGAGGGGCCCUCGUGCUCCUCGACGCCGCCAGCGACAACGAAACCAUCUGGUCGUCGUCCAAGUCCAACUCAUCGACCGCGGCGGUGGCGCGGCUCCAAGACGACGGUAACCUGGUGCUCGCGGACUCGGCCGGCGCCGUCCAGUGGCAAAGCUUCGACCACCCGACCAACACGUUCCUCUCAGGGUCGUGGGCCGGGCAGGACCUCCGGACCGGCGCCGUGUGGUCCGCCUCGUCGUGGCGUGGCGCCGAUGACCCGUCGGCCGGCGACUUCCGUUACGUGAUGGACACGCGGGGCUCGCCGGAGCUGCACGUCUGGAGGAAGGGGCGAAAGACGUACCGCACGGGCCCAUGGAACGGGGUGCGGUUCAGCGGCUGCCCGGGCAUGACCACCUUCGAGGACCUUGUCGAAUUCCAGUUCACCCACACCGCCGACGAGGUGUCGUACGUGUACCGUGACCGCGUCGGCUCACCGGUGUCCCGCAUGGUCCUGACCGAGUCCGGCGAGGUGCAGCGCAUGGUCUGGAACCCCGCGACGCUCGCGUGGAGCGUUUUCUGGUCGGUGCCGAGGGACCAGUGCGACGUCUACGGCGUGUGCGGCCCGUUCGGCGUGUGCAACGCGGUCGGCGCCGUGGUGUGCGGAUGCAUCAGGGGGUUCCUGCCGAGGUCGCCGGCGGAGUGGCGCAUGCGGAACUCGUCCGGAGGGUGCGCCCGCAGCACGCCGCUUCAGUGCGGCGACGACGGUUUCUACGUUCUGCGCGGUGUGAAGCUGCCGGAGACGCACAACAGCAGCGUGGACGCCGGCGCCUCGCUCGCAGAGUGCGGCCGGAGGUGCCUGUCCAACUGCUACUGCACGGCGUACGCCGCGUCGGACAUCCGUGGUGGCGGGACUGGGUGCAUACAGUGGUUCGGCGAGCUCAUGGACACGCGCUUAGGCGACGACGGCCAGGAUCUGUUCGUCAAGCUGGCAAUGUCUGAACUUGGCCUAGAGACAACCAAGACCAACAAGCUCGUCGUGGUCAUCGCCGCGGUGAUAACAACAUUUGCAUUGCUUCUGUUAUCACUUGGCCUCCUGAUCUGGAGAAAGAUCCGGCAGCGCAAUAAGCAAGUCACCGAGUUUGAUGACAUCGUGAGAGGCGAGUGUCCAGCGUACCAUCUCGAAACCAUUAAAGCCGCCACCGACGGAUUCUGCCCCAAAAAUGAAAUAGGAUGUGGUGGCUUCGGCACUGUUUACAAGGGUCAGAUGAUAGAUGGCCAGGAAAUUGCAGUGAAGAAGCUGUCAGCAGGGAAUAGAGUGCAAGGUCUGAAGGAGUUCAAGAACGAGGUGGACUUGAUCGCCAAGCUACAACACCGCAACCUCGUACGCUUGCUCGGCUACUGCAUCCACCACUCCGAGAGGAUACUAGUCUACGAGUACAUGAGCAACAAGAGCUUGGACACCUUCAUUUUUGAUCCGAAGAGACGCGCCACCUUGAGCUGGAAGACUAGGAUGGACAUCAUCUUCGGCAUUGCCAGAGGGCUUCUCUACCUUCACCAGGACUCGAGGCACACGAUGAUCCACCGAGAUCUCAAGGCGGCCAACGUUCUCCUCAAUCGGGAGAUGGUGGCCAAGAUAUCGGAUUUCGGAAUCGCCAAGCUGUUCAGCAGCAUCGGCGACCAUCAGGUCACGGAAAGAAUUGUUGGGACAUAUGGUUACAUGUCACCCGAAUAUGCGAUGGACGGCAUGGUAUCGUUCAUGCAGGACGUGUACAGCUUCGGUGUGCUGUUGCUGGAGAUCAUUAGUGGCAGGAGGAACCAACGAAGUUUUAACCUCAUUGCUCAUGCAUGGGGGCUAUUUGAAGAAAACAAGAGCAUCGAGCUCCUUGACCCAGCCGUGCGGGACGGCCGUAGCCCGACGGAGCUAGAGCAGGCCGCGACAUGCAUCCAGGUAGGGCUACUGUGCGUUCAAGAGAGCCCGAGCCAACGACCACAAAUGGCUUCCGUAAUACCCAUGUUGUCGCACCAACAGGUGCCGGGACGGCCGCUUCGGCCGGUGGUCUGCAUGCCUGUGAGCUCUCUGGGGGAUCUUCUGGACGUGCAGGAGGACACGUCCGGCAAUGCCGAGCUGACCAUCACAAACCUUGAAGGGCGGUAG